CUGUGGCUAGCUGAGUCCUUCUACCCCGCCAUGAGCGUCACUCUGGACAUACGACUGAAAAGGGCAAACAAAGUCUAUCACGAGGGGGAAACUGUGGCCGGUGUCAUCGUGCUGUCAUGUAAGGAGGCCAUGCAGCAUCACGGCAUUUCCCUCAGCAUGGAGGGAGUGGUCAACCUGCAGCUGAGCUCCAAAAGCGUGGGCGUCUUUGAGGCCUUCUACAACUCCGUCAAGCCCAUCCAGCUGAUCAGCAGCAACAUCGAGGUUUCCAAGGCCGGAAAAAUCCCGGCCGGCAAGACGGACAUUCCCUUCGAGUUCCCACUGCUCACUAAAGGCAACAAAGUGCUGUACGAGACCUACCACGGCGUGUUCGUCAACAUUCAGCCUCAGAAAGCCAAAGUUGUUCCCACGCCGGUCAACUUCACCAUCACCCCCGACACGCUGCAGAACACCCGCGAGAGGAGUUCUCUGCCAAAGUUCCUGGUCAGAGGCCAUCUGGACGCCACCAGCUGCGUGAUCAGCCAGCCGCUGACCGGGGAGGUGGUGGUGGACAACUCGGACGUCCCCAUCAAGAGCAUCGAGCUGCAGCUGGUCCGGGUGGAGACCUGUGGUGAGUCCACCGCCCCCCCCCCCCCUUCGCUUCAGAAGCAUGGCGGCGGGCGGGCGGUCACUUCAGUGUCCGGCGUCCCCCCCCCAGGCUGCGCUGAGGGCUACGCCCGGGACGCCACCGAGAUCCAAAACAUCCAGAUAGCCGAGGGGGACGUGUGCCACGGCCUCCCCAUCCCCGUCCACAUGGUCUUCCCCCGCCUCUUCACCUGCCCCACGCUGGAGACCACCAACUUCAAAGUGGAGUUUGAAAUCAACGUGGUGAUCGUGCUUCACGAUGACCAUCUGAUCACGGAGAAUUUCCCCCUCAAGCUGUGCAGAGUCUGA